AGAUGGCAGCUGUGUUCGAUGAAAUGUCGCCCCCGGGGCUCGCCUCGGACCGCCAUGGGGUGCAACAGAGGGAGGUGGAUAAGUUCAAGGCUCAGAUCCUCCAGGAUGUAGGCAUACGUCUUCAGCAAGCGAAGCAAGAAACUGAACGAAAGGUUUCUGCUGAGUUGAAGUACUUGCACGUUGCGAUGCAAGAGAUGGAUCAGCGCUUGGAUAGUUUGAACAAGCGGCUUGAAGAUGUACCGAUGAAAAAGCAAGAUGCCUUGGAAGAUGCACUCAUUGUUCAAGCACUGGCCAAGGUAGAACAGCAAUGGGGCAAAGAGUUGGGAAAGUUGAAGACAGAGCUUCACCAAAUGAUUUAUGCGCACAACCACAACGCCGACCUCAUGAAGCACCAGAAAGAGACCCUGGACAAGAUCCGCCAGGAGACCUUUGCGCGCGCGUCGCCAGCUUUGAGGAACACAGCUUUGGUCAAGAGGGCCCUGGCGAAGAUCGCCGGCAUCGAGGAACAUUUGAGAAGCUCGCAGAUCCUACAUCAGAAGAUGGAGCCUUUGCUCCCACGAGUCGCGACCCUUGAGCGGGCGGUGGCGCAGUGGGCCGCACCGUCUGGUGGAUAUCCCUUUGGCCCCAACCAGGCCCCAACCAGGCCUCCUUUGUCGGUGCUGGAUCCGCCUUGCUCGGUGCCUGUCCCCCCACCGGACUACGAGGCACAGGUCGAGAGCCCUGAGGAGGACGAUGAGGAUGACGAGGAAGAUGAUGAGGAAGAGGAUUCCUUCGGAGAGUUGGGGGCCAUCUUGAACAAAGCGAGCGCCGUGUACGACACCAGUUCAUGAAUCUGCCGCAGUGCCAUGGGCUGUGACAGAGAUUGCUUCCGUUUUGCCAGCGCUGUCGUGACCUGAGGAGUUUCAUCGUUUCUUCCGUCCAAGUUUUGGCACACAGGUCACAGGACACUUGAAUACUCUUUCUGGCACUUUCUGGCGCUUGGAGGGCGCUGUCUUUGAAUCCGGUUUGAAUCCAAAGAGUCUCAAAGGAGGAUUCCUCGAGAUUCGACGUUCCGGUGAAAUCCUGCGGGCCUAUGAGAGAGGUCGAAACACAGCAUUGGGAUCAGAGAAAAUGGG